CCCUCUUCUCGCCGAUCAAGGUUUCGUAGCUCAGCUACAAACGAUCCAAAUGAAUCCUCAAUUGGCAGCCUCUGCAUUCAAAGACCCGCGGAUGAUACAAGUAAUGGGUGUUCUCAUGGGCAUUGAUAUGCAGGGGUUUGCCCGUCCUGGGGGCUCGGACGAGGUUCCACAAGGGUUCGAGCCUUCGUCCCCCGUUCCUCCCACCCAUCUGCCUCCACCUCUAAUCAUCCAACAUCUCCCAAACCCGCCUCUUCUAGCAAACACCAGCCUCCUCCGGCGCCCGCAUCGGAGCCAGUUGAUGCACCCAUGUCUGGGGCAGGAGAGGAUGACGAAGAGGCGAAGGAUAAGGCCGAAGCAUUGAAGGAGAAGCAACUCGGCAACUCGGCAUAUAAGAGGCGCGAUUUUGAGAAUGCAGAAAAGCAUUUUCUUGCUGCCUGGGAUAAGUGGCCCAAAGAUAUCACUUUCCUAACCAAUUUAGCCGCGGCACACUUUGAGGAUGGCGAUUAUCAAAAAUCGAUCGAGGUUUGUGAGAAGGCCAUUGAUGAAGGAAGAUCUGUGAGUUCCGGAAGCUCUGGAUCUUAAUAUCAUGUUCACUGUAUUCUCUCG